GAACAGAAAAUAUAGAAACAUAUUAUAUUAUAAUGAGUAAAAAGUCAGUGCUUACACUUGGUUUAAUAAUCUUACAAACAAAUCUUGUUAUAUCACGAACGAACUGUGACUUACCGACAGAAGUAAAGACGUUAGAGCCGAGUGCCUUGGCUAAGGUUUUUGCCUUGCAAAUCCAACAAAUCCGUUCGACGUCGGAAGAGACGCCCGUGGUCUCUCCCGGAAGCAAUCUGGAUGUCUUCGAUACAAAUGUACCAAGUUACUCUCUCGAUGUACAAGAAGAAAAUUUCCGAGCAAUUUCAACAUUCCAUCCGAUUGGGGAAACGAACGUCGGUAAAAAAAUGAGAAAUGAUCGAGACGGAGGAAACAGUGAAUUAUUUUUAUUCAACGGGAAUUUUCAAGAUGGAAAGAAAAAUGAAUUGGAAGAUGAUAAAGUUUAUAAUUCAAAAGAAUCUUUAAAUUUAGUUUGGGAUAAUUGUUUUGAGAAUGUUUAUAGAGAUAAUACGGAUACAGCUAACAUUGGCGCAAAAUCGUAUACCGAUAUAGAGAAUUCAAGAAAUAUUGACAUUGAAAAUAUUAAAAGUUACAGAAAUAUUUUAAAUAAAAGAAAUUCUUUAAAUGUUAGCAGCACAACCGCUUUAAGCGCAUGGCUCGAAAAAUUCAAUAUAUUUAGAGCUGCGAACAAUGAAGAUCCUGAUGUUUCAACAAAAGAUACUUUACUAUCGCCAACAGCAUUAGAAUUGUCAACAUCGUCAAGUACAAAAAAUACAAUACCAUUUAUACCGAUUACAAAGAACAUAUUAAAAGAAUUUACUGAACAAAUUAACGUAACGCUUGAUAUCGUGACGGAAAACUCUAUAAAUUACAUAAAAGAGACCAAAAGAGAUGACUUUUAUGUAGAGAUAACAAAAGACAGAAGUAAUAUUAAAUUCAGUAGUUUACCUCAAAAGCAAACUUAUUUAAUACCAAAAUUUAAAUUGGAAGAGGGAUUUUAUCCGUUUACAUUUAUGUCCAAGUUCUUUUCAGUGAUCAAUUUAUUCGACUAUCCAGUUGGUCUUGUCAAGGAGAUCGCAAUGGGUAAAUCGGCGUUCCCAUAUUCAUUUCUAAAGUCAAUAAGGGUGGAGUCAUCGUUUUUGGUGUUCAUAAUUAUAUUUGGAAUUUUCGCUCUGAUUAUUCCUCUAUAUCUCUUCAUAUUAAGUUUAAUUUCAUUAUUCUCAAAAUCAAAAUGCACCGAUGAAAUCGAAUCUGGAACUCUAUUUCUGGAGCCAGAGAGGAGAGACUGCCAUAGCAAGAUUAUAGUUAUCUUCACUUUCCUGUUCCUACUCAUUAGCUGUUUCCUCAUAUCAGGAAUGGUUUUAAGUAAUGAACAAUCACGGCUGGCUGUAGCUGAGAGUCGAAAUAUCAUUAGUUGCGCAUGCGCAGAUAUAGCAUCUUGGCUUUCGACAGCUGCGCAAGAAUUACACCACAGCCUUGUUCCACCUAUAGAUAUGGUAUAUUACGCUUAUAAAGAGGAUUUAAGAGAGGCAGAGACGCUUCUUGGACAACCGAUACAGCAGGCAAUAGCUUCGGAGAGUGGCAUUGAUCUAGUUCUUGAUUCACUAGCAGAUAUAAUAACAGAGAGUGAGGAUUUAUCUAUGAAAGUGUCAUCAUUGCGUGAUGUAUGUCACAAAGCUGGUCUGUUAGCAAUAGCAACUUCAGAUAAAAUUAAAGACUUGGCUCAACAACUAGAUAGUUUGAAGAAAAACUGCGUUGAAAGAGAUGCUCCUCUAUGUGAUACACUUAAUACAAAUUCCUUGCAUAUUAUGAUGAAAUUUGAUUCAAUACUUCAAGAGCACCAGUUACUUGAAUUGAAAGAUCUUGGAGUCAUUAACCUUACUCACGCCAUAUCCGCUGCUAGAAAAGAGUUCCGUACCCUGCCUUCUGCUAUAUAUUCGCAAACGGAACUUGUCAGAGCAGAUAUCCUGCAAGAUAUAGAAAACCGAAGACAAUCUGUUCAUAAUUCCGCAAGAGUGUUGAGCGACAUAGUGCGCCAUCUCACUUCAGCUUUGCAUAGCCUCGCGAGACAGUUCGACACUGGGUUGGACAGAGUGCACAAGUAUGAUCUAUGGAGAUGGAUAAUAUUGUUAGCUUGCAACGUGUCCCUCAGUUUCGUGAUGACGCUCGUUUUAUUUGCGAUGUUUUGUGGAUGUGGAAAUGCAAAAAUCCAUGCAAAAAGGACAUUACAAGUCUCUUCUUUCUGCAUUUGCAUCACUUCUAUAAUAUUAUGGAGCUUAAUAUGUGCGACCUUUCUCAUCGCGGGUCAUGUUGAGCUAUUAUUUCAGGUAUAUGCAUGCCAAAUUUUGUGGGACACACAACAGUACAAGACUUUAUCGACGCUUUUAGAUAAGCCGUCACCUUUAUUAUCAGAUAACGAGGGUAUUUUCGACGUUUUAUUCAAAGAUUUAGACAAUGUAACCAUCGAAGUAUCUGUCAAAGACAUCUUAAGAGAAUGUGAAAAGAAUGAGCCAGCGUACAGCGUUUUUCAAUUAGAAAAAAUAUUAGAUGUGAACAAAGAAACGUCUUACUUUGAAUGGGACGAGCUUCAAGAUGAUUUGAAAAGAUUAUCGACUACUAUCGAUGUUGGCUUUCUGAAGACAAUAUCGGAUAAUUUCAAUAAGUUCCUGAAUCGAAUACUCUUUGUCUCCGAUGUCAAUUUGACAAAAUAUAGAAUGGAAUUCAAUGGACCGGUGGUGGGUAAGGAUUUACCAUCCUUCGUUGACCAGUUAGAAAAUGUUGCAGUACAAGUAUCCGAUUUGAAUACUGCGGGAAGGUUAGAGACCCUUGCGACAAGAACACAAAGGCUUCAUCUAUCAAAUAUAAAACCAUUGGAGCAGCUGAGAACUGAGUUAGUCUUCAAAUUGACGGAACUUGAACUGCAAAUGAUGCCAUUUCGUCGAAAACUAAACAUAUCUCUAAGUCACAUUCACACAGCGCAAUUCUACAUCGACAACCAAGGAGACGUUAUAGCUCAGAAGAAGUUAUCAAUCUUCGUAUCACGACUGAUAGCACAUGCAGCUGGUUGGCGUACACAUGCGAUCGACGCUGUGAAUGAGCACGCAGCGCGCUGCGGACCGUUGUUUGCCGUGUUUGCGGCCAUCAGGACGUUGUUAUGCACCAAAUACGUUUCAGCUUUGAACGGCUGGUGGCUCUGUGGAUUUCUUCUAGGGUUAGUUUGGUGCACAGUUUUCACUCCAUUAUGUGUGAAACUAUGGAGAGCGUACAGCAAGAAGCUGAGAACACUGGAAACAUUGUCACUGGCAAGCUUAGGGGAACUCUGCUCUGAAGUGAGACAGGAGCCUGGAACACCUGCAACUGCACCAUGUGACGACGCAAAUUGGACCACCCCAGGACCUCCGCCGCCACCUACAAACGACAGUUGGUGAUUAUACAUUUACUAAUAUGGAAAGUGGAUCAGAUUUGGAUUUUAAUAAAGGCGUUGAAGUAAAUCGAAUGUUACCUUCCAGCACAAAAGUGUAUCCUAAAGUUUAUUAUUAUUAGCAACAGCUU